AUGAUGGAGCGGUUGAUUUCCGUUUGUUUAUGGUUGAUUUUCGUGUUGGAUUUGGUUUUCAGAGUCGCGGGAAAUGCCGAAGGUGAUGCUUUGAAUGCAUUGAAGACCAAUGUGGCUGACCCUAAUAAUGUGUUGCAAAGUUGGGAUCCCACCCUUGUUAAUCCUUGUACAUGGUUUCAUGUUACAUGUAAUAAUGAAAAUAGUGUAACGAGAGUCGAUCUCGGGAAUGCAAAUCUCACUGGUCAACUGGUUUCUCAGCUCGGACAGCUUCCGAAUUUGCAGUAUUUGGAGCUUUAUAGUAAUACAAUAUCUGGGAUAAUUCCAGAGGAGCUGGGGAAUUUGACGGAAUUGGUGAGCUUGGAUCUUUACUUGAAUGAAUUAACCGGAGGCAUCCCAACUACUCUGGGCAACCUUAAAAAACUCCGUUUCUUGCGUCUCAACAACAACACGUUGGCAGGAACAAUUCCUAUGUCCUUAACUGCUAUCGACACACUGCAAGUGCUGGAUCUUUCAAAUAAUCGUUUAACAGGAGAUGUUCCGGUUAAUGGUUCCUUUUCGCUAUUCACUCCUAUCAGUUUUGCUAAUAAUCGACUCAAUAAUCCUCCACCUGCUCCACCGCCUCCUAUCCCACCUACACCUCCGGCACAAUCAGGUAUUAGUUCCACUGGUGCUAUUGCUGGAGGAGUUGCUGCUGGUGCUGCGCUGCUGUUUGCAGUUCCUGCAAUUGUACUUGCUUUGUGGAGAAAGAGGACACCACAGGACCAUUUCUUUGAUGUACCUGCCGAGGAGGACCCGGAAGUUCAUUUGGGACAACUUAAAAGGUUUUCUUUGCGAGAACUACAAGUUGCAACGGAUAAUUUUAGCAACAGACACAUUCUGGGUAGAGGAGGUUUUGGUAAAGUUUAUAAAGGCCGCUUAGCUGAUGGUUCUCUAGUGGCAGUAAAAAGAUUGAAAGAGGAGCGUACACAAGGUGGAGAGUUGCAGUUCCAAACAGAGGUAGAAAUGAUAAGUAUGGCUGUCCAUAGGAAUCUACUACGACUCCGUGGCUUUUGUAUGACCCCUACAGAACGAUUGCUAGUCUAUCCCUUUAUGGUUAAUGGUAGUGUUGCAUCUUGUUUAAGAGAGCGUUCCGAGUCUCAACCAGCACUUGAUUGGGCUAUAAGGAAAAGAAUUGCACUUGGUUCUGCAAGGGGGCUUGCAUAUUUGCAUGAUCAUUGUGACCCUAAGAUUAUCCACCGUGAUGUGAAGGCUGCAAAUAUAUUGCUGGAUGAGGAAUUUGAAGCAGUUGUCGGAGACUUUGGGCUGGCCAAACUGAUGGACUACAAAGAUACUCAUGUUACAACCGCUGUUCGUGGCACAAUUGGUCAUAUAGCUCCCGAAUACCUAUCAACUGGAAAAUCGUCAGAGAAAACUGAUGUUUUCGGGUAUGGUGUUAUGCUUCUUGAGCUCAUUACAGGACAGAGAGCUUUUGAUCUUGCUCGGCUUGCAAAUGAUGAUGAUGUCAUGUUGCUUGAUUGGGUGAAAGGUCUUCUGAGUGACAGGAAGUUGGAAACGCUGGUGGAUUCGGACCUCAGUGGUAAUUAUGUAGACGAAGAAGUGGAGCAGCUAAUCCAGGUGGCUCUGUUGUGCACUCAAAGCACCCCAAUGGAACGGCCAAAGAUGGCUGAAGUGGUGAGGAUGCUGGAAGGCGACGGCUUGGCUGAAAGAUGGGAAGAGUGGCAGAAAGACGAAAUUGUCCGCAAAGAGUUCAACCAUGCCUACCACUUCAACCACCACCAACCCAACGGGAACUGGAUCAUUGCAGACUCCACUUCUCACAUCCCUCCAGACGAAUUAUCCGGUCCAAGAUGACCCUCUCCAACUUGUCGCCACAAAAAUACAUUACAAGGGUCUUUCUACACCACCUUGUCUUGCUAUUUUAGACUGUCCAUUGUUCACAUUUGUGCAUAUAGUUCCUUUUUUGUACUUCAUUUGGCUCCCAUUGAUGCUGUUGUAAUUUAUAUUUGCAUGUUGUACGGAGUUGUUUACUCUUAGGCUUUGUAAACAUUAUAGGAUUGCCUUGCCAACUGCAGAGUGGAGAAAACAUUAUUAGGUGUGCUAGCCAAAAGAGGUAAAUACCACCCAAUGUUAUUUUGGUGUACUGAAACGUUGGCGAAGACUGUUUACCAGGAAUAAAUACAGUAAAAGUCCAUU